AUGAAGCUGCUCUCCUACGAGGUCGUGGAGAGGAAGAGGAAGCCAUACGUGCGGGUCCAGGUGAGGGAAGGUGACGUGCGUGAGUUUAGCCCUGAGGAGGUGAGCGCCAUGGUGCUCACCAAGAUGAAGGAGACGGCUGAGGCCUACCUCAGCGAGAUGGUCACGAACGCCGUCAUCACCAUCCUGGCCUACUUUGACGACACGCAGCGCUAG